CCUCCCCCGGCCCCGCUCAGUACUGUUGCUGCUCUCCAGCCCGCGGUGAUCAGAUCCCAGGACACAAAAUGGCGCACAGCUGUCGGUGGCGGUUCCCAGCUCGGCCAGGGACCGGCCGACGGUUGGGGGCCCGACACAGGCUGGCAGCCGUGCUGAAGGACGAAGGGGCCGAGAGCAGGAGCAGCCCGGACUCUCCCGGGAAUGCCAACGUCGGAUGUGGGGUGGUGGUUGUGGCCCCCGGGGGCCCAGGAAGCUGUUUGGGGGUAGGACCCGGGUUUGAUGCAGCGCUGCAAGUGUCGGUGACCAUCGGGAGCAACCUGAGGAGGUUCAGGGAUGUAUCCGGAGGGAGCAGCGGGGAGGAGGACCUGUUUCUAGGAUUUGGAUCGGAUGAAGAAGUGAAGACUCGCAGUCCUUCAAAGUCACCCACAGAUAAGACAACCCCAAGAAAACCUCGUGGUAGGCCCCGUAAUACCCUGAACAGGAGCUUUGAAGCUUCAACCAUCCCCACAGAGAAUCUUAGCACUUCAGCAAAUAAACAUGAGGUCAGGCCUUUAGAUAAAGCAAGAAAACCAGAAUACAAACAUGAAGAGAAAAGACGAGGUAGACCUCCAGCACAAGGAAGUGUCAAGUUCAAAUUGGCGCAAGAGAAAAAUGUCCCUGAGCCCACAAAAGCUCCCCGUGAGAAUAAAUCAAAGAGGAGAAAACCUUCAACCACAUUUCAACAUGCUACCAAGAUUAAGAAACUUCGAGCAGUUAAAUUGUCUCCACUUAAGUUCAAAACUAACAAAUUACACCUGGGUAGAAAAGGUGGUGUUCCUGUUGUCAGACGGCGUGGACGCCCCCCUUCCUCAGAGAGGAUUAAAGAGGUACCUUCUGUUGUUCCAGUAAGGCAGUCUCAAGCUGAAAAAACCCAGAGGAGCCGCAAGGAAGACUCCCCGCAGCCAUCAAAAGAGGAGAGCAGAGUGUCCGUUCGACAGAGUCCACGUAGGAUGAAGCCAGUGAGAAUAAUCCCUUCCUCCAAGAGGACAGAUACCACCAUUGCCAAGCAACUUCUUCAGAAAGCUAAAAAGGGGGCUCAGAAGAAGAUGGAGCUAGAAGCAGCAAAACUUCAGGGGCGCAAAGGUGGCACACAGCUCAAAAACAUACGCCAGUUUAUAAUGCCCGUGGUAAGUACUGUCUCCUCUCGCAUCAUCAAAACACCACGAAGGUUCAUAGAGGAUGAGGACUAUGAACCUCCUAUCAAAAUCGCUAGGCUAGAAACUGCCACCAACAGUGGACGUUUUAGUGCUGCUUCCUGUGGUUCCAGUGAGAAAUCAAGUGCCGCCUCCCAACGAUCUUCUCAGGCCACCUCAGAUGACUCACGCUCUAGCAGCCCAAGUGUGGACACAUCAACAGAAUCUCAUGCUUCAGAGGAGACAUUGGCUAUUAAUGAAAAUCAAGGACUGGUAGCAGACACCCCACUACCCACCCCUCAAGUACCCCCAGAGAGCAAUGGCUGUGGCACAAGAAGUAGGAGGAUUCCUGUCUGCAAUAGAGCCUUUAGUUCCAGGCCUGGGAAAAAACUACUCUCUCAGCCGUCUCUUCAGCAGCCAUCUACAUCACCACCACCACCCUUGUUAAGUCCCCCUGCACCUUUACAAUCUUCUGCAAAUCUCUCUGAUCAUACACCUUGGUUAAUGCCUCCUACAAUCCCUAUGGCUACUUCCUUCCUCUCUGCCUCACGCAUGCAUGAAAAGCGAAGGUCUAUCCUUAGAGAACCAACCUUUCGCUGGACUUCUCUGAAACAUUCCAGAUUAGAAUCUCAAUACUUUUCCUCUGCCAAAUAUGCCAAAGAAGGACUUAUUAGAAAACCUGUCUUUGACAAUUUUAGACCACCUCCUCUUACUCCUGAAGAUGUUGGUUUGGCAUCUGCCUCUGGAUUCUCUUCAAGUGUGGGAGGUCCUGGGAGGCUAUUUUCCCCACUCCAUGCCUCUGGAGGUCGGUUUGAUCAUAAACGGAGCCCUAUUCUCCGUGCACCCAGAUUCACUCCUAGUGAAGCACAUUCCCGUAUCUUUGAGUCUGUCACACUCCCAUCCUCUGUGUGUCGUUCAGGUGGAGCGUCUUCCAUAUUAAGUAUGUCUGUUCGAAGGAGAAAAAGGAGAGUUUUUAGCCCCAUCCGUAGCUCUGAGCCUCGUUCCCCAUCUCACUCAAUGAGGACACGGAGCAGGAGAGUGAGUAGCAACAUGUCCUCCUUCACAUCUCAGUCAACAUCCUCUCUUUCCAGCAUCAAUGUCAGCCCUCUCUCAGUCAGUGCCUUAAACCCUAGCUUCUCUCUUUCUUCCACUUCAGUUACACCAGUUCCUGGAGAUUCAGCAGAGAAAACACAAAAACCCAGAAAGCAAGCCAGUACUGCAGGGGAGCCAUUCUCCACCUCUUCCAAUAGCUCUACAGCUCUCUUCAACUGGUUCCCUUCCAGUCCACAAGCAGAAAGAGGGAGGAGCAAGGGAAGGGCAUCCGAGGAAGUGCCUAAGGAUAAGGACAUGGAAAGGAACAGGGAGAAAGAAUUAGAGAAGGAGAAUUCACGUGACUCUAGGAAGGACAAGAGAAAAAAGGGCUUGGGGGCUGCAUGCAAGGCUAGCAAGGAAAGCAAUGCUGAGGGAAUUGCCACUACUACCACACCUGGUAAGAUUCAUGGUAAGAAGAAACCUGCUGCAACAGAGCCUUCCUUUGACACAUCUCCAACUGUGGUGGAGUCCACUCCAGCAAAAUGCAAGGUAUCCAGGAAAGGACGGGGAACUUCUGAAAAACCUGACCUGGAUAACAAUGCCAAACCUCUACCCACUGAAGCACCAACACACCAACCAGACCAGCCUGUGAGUGCAGUCAAGACCUCUACUACAGCCAUCAGCUCUAUGUUGGCCCAGGCGGACAAAUUUCCAGUUUCUGACAAACAUGUGGCCAGUCUCCUGAGGAAAGCCAAAGACCAGUUAUGCAGGAUUGAGAAGACGAAGUUCUUGAAACGGGCAGACCAGCCCAAAGCUCAGGGCCAGGAAAGUGACUCUUCUGAGACUUCUGUGCGUGGACCCAGGAUUAAGCAUGUUUGCCGUCGAGCUGCUGUUGCUCUUGGACCUCUUGGACGCAAGAGGGCUGUAUUUCCAGAUGACAUGCCCACCUUGAGUGCCUUACCGUGGGAGGAGCGAGAGAAGGUCUUGUCUUCCAUGGGAAAUGAUGACAAGUCAUCAGUUGCUGGUUCAGAGGAUGCUGACCCACCAGCUCCACCACUGAAACCUAUCAAACAGGUAAUGCGCAACAAGACUCCACAGGAGCCUCCUGUUAAAAAGGGGCGUCGCUCACGUCGCUGUGGUCAAUGCUCAGGUUGCCAGGUGCCUGAAGAUUGUGGCGUCUGCACCAAUUGCUUGGAUAAACCUAAAUUUGGAGGAAGAAACAUCAAAAAACAAUGUUGCAAGAUGCGAAAAUGCCAAAACUUGCAGUGGAUGCCCUCUAAAGCGUACUUGCAGAAGCAAGCUAAAGCUGCAAAAAAGAAAGAAAAGAAGUCCAGAUUAACAGACAAGAAGGAGACACCUGUGGUCAAACUUCCAGCAGAACCCUCACCAAAAAUUAGUGUGACCCCAGCCCCCACAACCACAUCUCCUGUUGUGCGAGAGGAGCCACCGCCACAACAACCAACCAAAAAAAGUGAGCCUUCCAAGAAAACUGAUGAGGAAAAAAUUGAGGAAGAGAACCAACAGAGUCCACCCUGUGAGGCCAAGCAACCACCAGUUUCCCGUAAAGCCACCAAGCAAAUUCUCCAGCAGUCUACGGUGACUCCACUCUCGCCACAAGCUAGCUCUUUAUCUCCUGCCAAGAAGGAAUCCCCAAAAAUGGCUUCAUGCGAGUUUAGGAAAAAGCAGUCUCCAGUGACGCCGGAAAUCAAUACUGAAAAUAAACAGAAGAAGAUGCCUACUAGAUUGGGGUUACCAUCAAAACCCAAAGCUAAGGAGAAGGACAAGCCAGUAUCUACCAACAAGACAGAGAUCACUUUUAACAUGCUAAACACGAUAUGUAGUGGGGGUAGCUCCAGGCAGAAACCAGUUGCUGAUGGGGUGCACCGGAUUCGUGUGGAUUUUAAGGAGGAUUGUGAAAUUGGAAAUGUGUGGGAGAUGGGAGGCCUUGGCAUACUCACGACAGUCCCCAUCACUCCCCGUGUGGUUUGCUUCCUCUGUGCGAGUAGUGGGCAUGUGGAUUUUGUAUACUGUCAGGUGUGUUGUGAGCCUUUUCAUAGGUUCUGCUUGGAAGAGCGAGAGAGACCUUCUGAAGAUCAGCUAGAGAACUGGUGUUGCAGACAUUGCAAAUUCUGCCACGUGUGUGGAAGACAGCAGCAAACCACCAAGCAGCUAUUGGAGUGUAACAAGUGCCGUAACAGCUACCACCCAGAGUGCCUGGGACCAAACUACCCAACCAAACCUACGAAGAAAAAGAGAGUUUGGAUAUGCACAAAGUGUGUCCGUUGUAAAAGUUGCGGUUCUACCACACCUGGGAAAGGCUGGGAUGCACAGUGGUCACAUGACUUCUCACUGUGCCAUGACUGUGCCAAAUUGUUUGCUAAAGGUAACUUCUGUCCCCUGUGUAAUAAAUGUUAUGAUGACGAUGAUUAUGAGAGCAAGAUGAUGCAGUGUGGGAAGUGUGACCGCUGGGUGCAUUCGAAGUGUGAAAGCCUGACUGAUGAAAUGUAUGAGAUCCUUUCCAACCUACCUGAAAGUGUGGCCUACACUUGUGUAAAUUGCACUGAGCAACAUCCGGCAGAGUGGAGACUGGCACUUACCAACGAGUUGCAAGCCUCUCUGAAAUAUGUGCUAACGGCUCUGCUGAAUUCCCGCACUUCCAGCCAUCUCCUUCGCUAUCGUCAGGCAGCAAAACCUCCUGACUUAAACCCGGAGUCAGAAGAGAACAUGCCGUCCCGGAGUUCUCCUGAAGGUCCAGAUCCUCCUAUUUUGACACAGGUUGGCAAACCAGAUGAGCAGCCUCCACCUGAUUUAGAGGGAGUGAAGAAGAAGAUGGAUCAAGGCAGGUACACAUCUGUGUUGGAACUGAGUGAUGAUAUAGUAAGAAUAAUACAGGCCGCAAUGAAUGCAGAUGGAGGACAGCCAGAAUUGAAGAAAGCAAACAGCAUGGUUAAAUCCUUCUUUACAAGGCAAAUGGAGCGUGUCUUCCCUUGGUUUAAUGUAAAGAAGUCCAGGUUUUGGGAGCCAAACAAGGUUACCAGCAAUAGCAGCAUGUUACCCAAUGCAGUGCUGCCUCCAUCUCUGGAUCAUAAUUAUGCUCAGUGGCAGGAGCGGGAAAGUAGAUUGGCUGAGCAACCACCACUAAUGAAGAAAAUCAUCCCAGCACCAAAAGCCAAGUCCCCAGGAGAACCGGAGUCGCCUCAACCAGUUCAUACUCCCACUCCACCAGCCAUGUUAGCCAUUGAGCAUAACCGGGCUGAGAGUCCAGAGCAACCCCUUCCUCCUGGUGUUGAUGAUAAUCGGCAAUGUGCACUAUGCUUGAAGUAUGGGGAUGAUAAUGCCAAUGACGCUGGUCGACUUCUGUACAUUGGGCAGGAUGAAUGGACGCAUGUAAAUUGUGCCUUGUGGUCAGCUGAGGUCUUUGAAGAUGACGAUGGAUCUCUGAAGAAUGUGCACAUGGCAGUUAUCAGAGGAAAGCAAUUGCGAUGUGAGCAUUGCUUGAAGCUUGGUGCAACAGUUGGCUGCUGCCUCAAUUCCUGCACCAGUAACUACCAUUUCAUGUGCUCUCGGGUAAAGAACUGUGUGUUCCUAGAGGACAAGAAGGUUUACUGUCAGAAGCACAAAGACUUGAUCAAAGGGGAGGUUGUGUCUGAUAACAGCUUCGAGGUUCAGAGAAGGGUUUUUGUGGACUUUGAGGGGAUGAACCUUCGCAGAAAAUUUCUAAAUGGCUUGGAACCAGACAAUAUCCAUAUGAUGAUAGGCUCUAUGACUGUAGACUGCCUGGGAAUACUGACAGAUCUCUCCGACUGUGAAGAGAAACUUUUCCCUAUUGGCUAUCAAUGUUCACGAGUCUAUUGGAGCACAACUGAUGCCCGCAAGCGCUGUGUGUAUACGUGUAAGAUUUUGGAAUGUCGACCACCACCACCAGAGCCUGACAUUAACAGCACUGUAGAGCAUGAAGAGAACCGUACUAUUGCUCACAGUCCCAAGCUUCUUACAAGCGACAUGCAAGAAUCUCAGGACUCGGAUUCUAUAAAAAGUCAUGAUUCACUUGGACUCCCCUCUUCAGAUUCCAUUUCCUCCACGCCAGUUUCAAGUCCGUGGAUUGCCUCUCGUCCAACUGUAGGUAUCAAGGUCCGUACACCUAGAUAUUCCCCAAAUCAGCGUUCACCAGGAUCACGCCCUCUUCCAUCAGCAGGAAGCCCAUCUCCAGUUAUACAUGAGAUUGUUACUGUUGGUGACCCCCUUCUCUCUUCUGGUCUUCGAAGCAUUGGGUCCCGGAGGCACAGUUCCUCAUCUCUUUCACCCCAACAGCAAAAACCUCGUCUGACGUCCCCACCAGGUGUAGCUGUGACCUCUGCAGAUCAUAGUACAAACUGUGUAGAUAACUUACAGUUAGAAACCUCCACAAAGAGCAACUUCUCAAACAAUGUAUUAAGAACAUCUGGAGGAAAGGCUGAACAACUGCCAGAAACAGGAAAAACUGGUAUCUUGGAGAACCUAUCCAAAAUCACUACCUACAAAACUGACAAGACAAGACCAUCCGCUCCUAAAAUCUCAGACCCUUCCAGUCAUAUCAGUCCUAAAAUCCCAUCUCUAUCACAAGGGGUAUCUACCAUAGAUCCUGCUCCAGUACUGAUAAACUCAAAGGCUUCACCCACUCCACACCAAAGGGCAACAAGGAGAGACAAGGAUCAACAUUUAAACCUCUGUCUGGCAGAUAAGCCUGCUUCAUUGGAUACAGGAAAAGAUCAACAGGUGCCCAUUAGCAAUCAUGGAAACAGUGUGACCAAAGACAAACGGCCAAAAUCCAAGAAACCGCUGCUGGAAAAUACAAAAGAGAAACAUUCCAGUAAACCCACCUGUGAUAUUGAGCCACCAUCAUGUGAAGGCCAGAAACUGACAAACACCAAUGGGAAUCACAUGAAACCAGAUACUGACAACUUUAGAUCACAUAUCCACAACAAACAUAUUGAUAAAACUACAAGCAGUGGAGGAAACUCACAGCUUGAUGCCGCUAUAUCCAGCAACAGGAAAAGUACGCAAGCAAAGGUGGUAAAGGAUGGACCUCAAGAAACUGAGGUAGAACAGCAAAUUGCUGCAUCUCCACAACAGCUUACAGAAUUACCAGAUAUUAGAAAGGUUCAAGACAUUCCUAAAGGAACAAGUGACAUAAUACACACAAUCACAAAUACAGAUUCUGAGCCUCCAGCGGGCAACUCCUAUCCUUCUCAGGACUCAAGUUUGUUACUUCAGGAUGGAAGCAAAACCCAGGAAGAAAGUUCCUAUAAAAGACGCUACCCCAGGAGAAGUGCCAGGGCACGUUCUAACAUGUUUUUUGGCCUGACUCCACUGUAUGGUGUCCGUUCCUAUGGUGAGGAAGAUCUUCCCUUCUGCAGCAGCACUCCGGGUAAGAAACGAGGGAAAAGGUCAGCAGAAGGUCAGGUAGAUGGUGCCGAUGACCUAAGCUCGUCAGAUGACGACGAUGCAUAUUAUUACAACUUCUCAAGAACAGUUGUUUCAUCUGUGGUGGAUGACAGACUGGGGUUGCACACACUUUUUAAAGAGGAGGAUCAGCGUGAUCUCCACAAGAUCCCACAACUUGACGGUGUAGAUGAUGGGACAGAAAGUGACACAAGUGUCACCAUCACAACAGGGAAGUCUGGACAAACAGGCAAGAGGAGUGGUAAACAAAACGGGGCUGAUAAACUUGAAGCAGCUGAAGACAGGGGAGAAAAAGGUCACACAGCAAAGUCUCACAAGGUGUCAGACUCCAAAAUUGAUAACUGCCACCCUGUGAAGCAAGAUUCAUUAGAGACACAGCUAAGCCUGGACACACCACGCAGAGGUGCAGAAAAGAAUCUACUGGACCAAUUCAAUUCAGAACUGCUCAAAUCUGACAGUGACAACAACAACAGUGAUGACUGUGGUAAUAUUCUUCCCAUAGAUAUAAUGGAUUUUGUGUUGAAGAAUACACCAUCAAUGCAAGCUUUGGGAGAAAGUCCAGAGUCUUCGUCCUCUGAACUCCUUACAUUGGGAGAUGGAUUAGGUCUGGACAGCAACCGGGGGAAGGAUAUGGCCUUAUUUGAGGUAUUUUCAACACAACUUCCUUCAUCAGAAAAUGUUGAUGGAGCAGUUCCCUCAGCUAUGUCAGCAGAAGAGCAAUUUGAGCUGCCCCUAGAAUUGCCGUCUGAUCUCUCUGUUCUUACAACUCGCAGUCCUGCUCUUCCCAACCAGAACCAUAGCAGACUAGCCGUCAUUUCUGAGCCUCAAAUGUCAUCUCCUAGUGAACGUUCCCUUUUGUCCAUUCCUCCAGCAGACACAGUGGAAAAAAGGGUGACUGUUACAGAGAAGCCUGUGGCAGCAGAUGAUGGGGAUUCCACUCUCUUGGGACAGAGUGUUGAUAGGACACCUGAAGGUCACAUCACACCAGAUCGGUUCAUUCCAGAACAUAUAUCUAGAUCUCCCUGUGCACAGGCAGAACAUACAGGCAGUCAGGAUCUUGCACAGAAUAGUGGUACCCCUAGUCUACAAGUUCCAGCAUCACCCACCGUUCCUCACCAGAACCAGAAGUACAUCCCGAGCUCUUCUGAGAGUCCUGGGUCCUCACAGCUACCGAACACUGCAGUACAAAGCACACCCCCUCACCUCAAAUCAACAACAGAGAAAUUGGUUGUUGUGAAUCAAAAUAUGCAGCCUCUAUAUGUCCUUCAGACAUUGCCUAAUGGAGUAACACAAAAAAUACAGCUUACCCCUUCAGUACCUCAAGGCACUAGUCGAAUAGAUGGAGAUGUGCCUGUGUUGGGAUCUAUGGGUGCAGGACUCACAUUGGCUACCACACUUAAUCCUACCUUAACAUCUUCAUUUUCUCCUGCCAGCAAAGGUCUCCUCCCAAUGUCUCACCACUCACAUCUCCAAACUUUCCCUGCUGGCCACCAGGCAACUUUUCUUCCCAGCCUUACAAACCAGCCUUCAGGACUUGUUAUUGGAGUUCAGCAUUCUUCUGAACCACAACUCCUUCUUUCUGAAACAGGGCAGAGGCCAGAGUUGACCAACUCCUCCAAUAAUCCUACCUCUGUAUCAAAUAAAAAAAGGCUGAUCUCACGUCUGCACAGUAAGAAAAACAAGAAACUGGCACCUUCUGUUGCACCAGGUGCAAGACAUCCUCCUGAAGUAGUUUCCAACAUGACACUAAUUAAUUUUGCCUCACCCCAACUGACAGAAGGGUUGCCAAAUCACCCAGGUCUGAUUGAUCUCCACACCUUGAGGAGCCAGGCUGCUCACCGUAGUAUUCCCAACAUUAUUAAACGAUCAAAGUCUGGAGUCAUGUACUUUGAUCAGACUCCUCUUCUUCCUCAGGGUGCAGGUGCAGCCUGCACUGUGGGCACUGCACCCAGUGUUAUUGGAUUGGAUGCUCGUCAUCUGACUGGUCAGGUACCAGGGCUGGCUGCUGGCUCCCCAGUUCUAAAUGUUGUGUCAAUGCAGACAUCAUCUGCUGCCCCUCCUGUAACUGGCCAUGUUUCAUUAAGCAGUCCUGGUAUUCUAGGUCCUUCUGAGUUGGGGUCCAUCAGCAACUUUCUCAUUAAGACCAGCCCGCAGGGUUUAGGUAUACAGGAUAACCAUGUCACCAUCCCAACUGGACCAGCAGGACUGUUCAGUCAGAGUCCAUCCAAAGCAACCAUUGCAACAACAUCCAGCAUAUGCAUGGUGCCCUCUUCGCAACCUGUAACUGUGAACCUUGCCCAGCCGGUUCCUGACCCAGAAUGUGCAUAUCCCCUAUCUCAUCACAGACUGAUAAGUAGUCGACCUCAGAUCUUACCAGAUCCAGUCAGUGGGUCUCAUCUUCGGUCCACUGCUCUACAGCUUCCACCAGACCACAAUGGUAAAGUGACCAAAUCCACAUCUUCGGCCCUUGGACUGCAGAGAAGCAGUGCCCAGGCAUCACAGAAACUGAAAAAAGUUAAGAGACAAACACCUUCUGCUGAGAAAAUGUGCAGGAAAAAACACAAGAACUCCCACACUACCCAGGUGGUUCCUUCAGCGUGGGGGAAGGAGAGCGAUGACAAAGCAACAGUCUCCACUUCCUCUGGGAGCCACAAGCUGAAAACUGAUAACCGUGACCAGAAAAGUUCAUCCACAGAAAAUCAGACUGAGUCUGAAGUGCAAGCAAGACCUUUGCCAGCCAGACCAGACUCGCAACCUAAAGUAAAUGAACUGUCUCGGCAAGAAACAAAGCAGGAUGACUCCAAGCAGUUGGGAGAGGAGGAUGCAGGGUUUAGCUCACCUUUAAUGCAGUUGUUGCGGCAAGAGCAGAGUCGACAGGAUUCCCUUCGAGAGCAGAAACAAAGGACGGGUCUUCUAUUUGAAAUCUCCAGUGAUGAUGGCUUCCAGAUUUCUGCCAGCAGUAUUGAUGAAGCCUGGAAAUCUCUUACUGACAAGGUACAGGAGGCGCGGUCCAACGCCAGAUUGAAACAGCUCUCCUUUUCAGGUGUUAAUGGCCUUCGAAUGCUGGGAAUCAUACAUGAUGCCAUUGUAUUCCUGGUAGAACAGCUGUAUGGAGCCAACAGAUGCCGUAACUACAAAUUCCGCUUCCACCGGCCAGCAGGAGAAGAGGAACCUCCACUUAAUCCACACGGAUCUGCACGGGCUGAAGUACACCUCAGAAAAUCUACAUUUGACAUGUUUAACUUUCUGGCAUCCAAACAUCGCCAGCCGCCAGAGUACAAACCCAACGACGAGGAAGAAGAAGAGGUGCAGCUCAAAUCUGCUCGGAGGGCCACAAGCAUGGAUUUGCCAAUGCCCAUGCGCUUCCGACACCUUAAAAAGACAUCCAAAGAGGCUGUAGGUGUAUAUAGGUCUCCAAUACAUGGACGAGGUCUGUUCUGCAAAAGGAAUAUUGAUGCAGGAGAGAUGGUGAUUGAGUAUUCUGGAAACGUCAUACGCUCAACGCUCACUGAUAAAAGGGAGAAGUAUUAUGAUGGAAAAGGCAUUGGCUGCUACAUGUUCCGUAUCGACGAUACUGAGGUUGUAGAUGCCACCAUGCAUGGGAAUGCUGCCCGCUUUAUCAACCACUCUUGCGAGCCCAACUGCUAUUCACGUGUCAUCCCUAUUGAUGGACAGAAACACAUUGUAAUAUUCGCAAUGCGUAAAAUCUACCGAGGAGAAGAGCUCACGUAUGACUACAAGUUCCCUAUUGAGGAUGCCAACAACAAAUUGGCGUGCAACUGUGGGACCAAAAAAUGCAGAAAGUUCCUAAAUUGAUACUGCAAAUACACCAUACUGUAUGCUGGAAAUGUGCGAAUGCAGGACCAACCAAAUUCCUGGCCCAAAUCAGACAAGUGCUGCCAUGUAACUAGUCCUUCUAGGACUGCCCCCCUGCUCGAAGUAGCACUUCCAGCACCAGAUUGCAAUUCAAGGCUGAGUGGUUACUGCUAAUGAACAUGUUAUAUACUCUGUAAAUGUACAGAGUUAACUAUACACUGAUCAGGAAUAUGCUCUGAUGUUUGAUAAGGAUACAGAAUCAAACUCACUGCAUUUAAUUAAGAUACUUCAAAACUGAUCUGCUACCUUGACAGUGUGAACGAACUUUUAAUUAGUCAAGUAGAAUAAUUUAUUUUAUUUUACUUUUUAUUAUUUUUUUAACCAAAUGCUGCAUGGCAGUGCAGGAAAACAAAGAAGUGCAUUUCAGAUGUGUUUUAGAGAAGCAGUUUUUUAUUUUUAUUUUACCCAAGUAAUCUUGUGGGGGCAGUCAGCUUUGAGAGGCUUCAAAAAAGAAAAAAAAGCAUCUCCAGUGGUUCCCCAAUUAUAUAUUGUUUGAGUCAGUGGAUAUUUACAAUGUUUCCCUAAAAUUGUUGGAAACCCUAAGCCUGUUUUAUUUCAGAGAGGUGUCAGUUUAAAUAUGAACCAUUUCUAAUACAUGUUGCUGAUAAUCGAUGCUUUGCACACCCUCAGAUUUGCUACCCCAGUAUUGGUCAGGUAGACACACAGGCUUCCCCUGGUAUAUCAUCCACAGUAUGUUAUGAUAACCUGUAUUUAAUGGGGUGGGAUGUUGUAUGGAUAUGAUUGUUGCCCCUCACCUCCGUAACAUACACUGUUGUAAUUGGUUUGGUGAGGUGAUGCAAUUUUUCAUUGAACCUACUAGGUGAGAGAGACUUCUCUGUUCGUGUUCUAUCUGCUCUUAAACAUAAAGGAGUAUUUUACAAUUCUGACAUAGGAGACAGACUUUGAAGCCACCCUCAAUUUGACUUGGUCACCCAUUUUUAAUAAUUUUUUUAUUCUUCUUUCAUUUUAAAGUAGAGGCACCAAUCCUCCCGUUGCUUGAAAUGGCAUAGCCUGAGAUUGUAAAAUCGUAUGUCCGAGUAAACAUUUGUGAGGGAUAUUGACCUGUUUGUGACCAUCAAGGAGCUAUAUCCAUUGAUCUGACAUGCAUAGGAUAAACAAACUCCUUUAUGAUAAACACCCAUUGCAAUACUUGUAAUUUGCUGGUGAGUGAAUAUCCUUAAUGCCUAGAUGGAUUUUACCAGCUAAUUACAGCCUCAGCCAAUCACAAUACUCUUACCUUGAACAGUAAGCAGUUUUAUUGAUAUUGAUUGGCUUUAAUGCUUUGUUGUUGAAUUAUUUUUCUGUUUUAUGCUGUUGUUUGUACAAAAGGGUGGAGUUAAACGUUAAUGGGGGAGCUUACCCAUACUGCAGGAAAAACCUUUUUAUUUAAUAUUUAAGACAAGUGUGAAAUCAUGCAAUACAGAAUCAUAUACUCUCACUAAAUGAGAGCGGGGGGAGGAGGUUAUGUUUACGAUUGUGGGGUUCUUGACACUAAGCAGGGCUACAAAUCUUCAUAUUACCAACCUUCAAAGCACACCACCAAGCAUGCUUUCUCAAAGCCUUUGCUAGAAACUUCCCAAGUAUUUUAGAAUUGAUCUUAUUCUUGCAGGUAAUGUUGGAUCCAUUUGACUGUGAAACCAAUUCACUGCGAAGAAAGAGACAUUGGGGGUUCCAGUGGGCAGACUUUAAGAGACUAUUUCUUCCCACCCAUUAGUGGUGGAGAUAAAUGAUUCCUCCCUGACCUGUGCGACAAAGGAUUAGCAGUUACAUUUAAACAUUUCCCCACCCAGGAGGGUUUCUCCAAUGUUCCGUUUACAUCUUGUGUUUUAUUUUUUGUAGUAUUUAAAAAUGUUUUUUUACAAAAUGUAAAUACCUCUAUAUUUUUCUAUUGGAAGCACUUAAAUAAUAAGGAAGCACUUAAAAGGGUGGGCAGGGACUUCUUAACAGGAUUUGGGGUUAUGAGGUUUAUUUUUCAAAAGGACUGUUUUUUGGGGGUGUGGGGUGAGUUUUUUUUUGCUGGUCAAUCUGUAAAAUGUUAUUUUUAUCAUAGUCUGCAGAAGAACUAUUUUGGUUACUAUGGAGUCUUCUGUUUUUUUUUUUUUUUUGCCCGUCUCCCAGUUUGGAGGUAUAAAGAGUGAUGUAGUUGGAAGUGAAUUUAUAUGUGCUAUAUUGGUUACAGGCCUUGUAUACCUGAAGAAUUUUGGAAAUAUUUAUUGUUGAAGUGUUAGUUUUACUCAGAUAUGUUGACCGACAAACUUGCUCAUUCACAGACUAGCUACGGAGGAGUUCCAGACCUAGAAUUUAGUACAAGUGCUGCAAAGGCUGCAGUAUACACAUUAUACAAAGGGACGAAUCAUGGUGUUCCCUGGCUGUCCUCUUGUACUCUGCAGUUUAGACGCUAGAUGCUGGGGUGGUUUGGCAGAUGUGAACACUUAACCACACUCACAUUCUCCAUAUGCUUACUUUUUUCCGGUCAGUGCAGGUAACUGUGCAUCAUCAUCAAGUACAGUGGGGGUGCUCACUUUAUAUAUCACAAACUCAAAGCUGUUUGUAGAAGAGGACAGAAAUUCCAGUUCUCAGACCAGGAUUUUAUAAACAGGUAUGCUGUUGGGUUUCACCUGUGAUUUACUGAUGAGUGCACUUACAAUGGGUCUAUACAAUAACUAUUUUACUAUCGGAACAUAAAUAGGCUAGACUGGUAUAUCUAUGCUUUCACUAGCAGACUCAUUUAAAGUGGCACCACAUUUUAAAUCUAACCUUUUGCCAAAGUGACUUCAUGACAUAAGGGAUUUGAUUUUCAUUGGAAGUUUAGUAUAUGUCAAGGAGUUAACAGAUGGAUGGAGACAAGUUGUCCCCAAAAAGAUUGAAAAAAUCUUACAUGACAUUGUCGCUCUGUAAAGUCAUUGUUGAAAGUUCCCGAUUCACUAUGAGACACAUUUAGGAAAAAUUGGAACAUUUACUGGGGAAUUGCAAAAAUGUUACUUGUGAGUUGAAAAAGUUGCCGAGAUAAAAAAAUGUUCCUAACUCAGCUACUUUAGCCUAAGAUUUGCUGUUUCCUUUCCAAUUUUCUACAGUUCUUUGGUCACUGAAUAACUUUUUUCUUUCUUUCUUGAUUUGAAAGCAAAUUGUGUUUCCUCACUUGCUUGUAGUGUUUACACGUGAACAUAUUGUAGCAGCCUUAAUUGAAUUCAGAGCUGCCACGCUUGUACUCUAAGACGUCUUUAUAAACCAGUCUCCUAUUGCACGCAUAAGUUGCCAUCACAAAAAAUAAGGUUCUGCUCAUGCUUUUCUUUUUAAUUGAGGACUGAUUGAACCUGUUAACCGUAAUUUUAUUAGCGCCAGCAAAAUGUGCAGUAAGUACAUCAUGUAACUCAUCCUCCUGAAAUCCAAACACUGCUGCCAAGGUCCUGUAGUAGAUAUUAACGGUAUUGGCUCCAAGUUGACAUUGAUGAAUUUUCUCACUGUAACCUCUCAUUAGGAAGGCAGAAACGUUUUUAAGAGCUGGUAAAAGAAAACUUGCAUGUAGCACUCCCAGCACUAAAUGUUGCAGUUUUUACAGGGUAAAGAAGCAGUCUAUUAUAGUGCAAAAAUUGGGAUUCUUUUCCCUGUAUUAAGGCACUAUACCUGUUAAUGUACCUCAUAGCAAUGGAGACAGCAAGCAGUACCAGCUCCAAUAUAUUACAUUAAGCUUCCAAACGGUCUAUAUAAGAAGAAAAAAAUGCUUUAAUCAUGUGUUUUUAGUUUGUGUUUUUUUUGUGUGCCACAGAACACGCAUCUUUCUGUGGUUUGAAAUCAAUGUUAACUCUUUUAAUGUCUCCUGGGACACACUGAGAGAACUAGUAUACAGGUUCCAAAGGGCAGGAAGUGAUCAUUACUGACUGCUUGCCCAGGAGAUUCCGGAUUAUUUCUGUGCCUAUAUCCAAUUGUGAAUUGUACAACUUAAUUUUUCUCUUAGAACCUCUGUUUCCAAGUACUUAGGGGCACUAACCCCCUUGCAUUUAAGGUUUAAGUAUAAAAAAAUGGGAAAAAAAAUU